AUGUUCAAAGUCAACGAAGUAUCAUCAUUUUUAGCAUCAAUCGUACUACCUGCUAUAAAAGAAACAAAAUCCUUAUAUUCACUUUUUUUGCUAACAAAUGAAUUGAAUUCAGUAAUAAUUGUUGCAAAAAUAUUGUUGACUACAUUUGGAACUUUUAAACACGAUCAUGAAUUAUGUGAAAAGUGUACCGGGUUUAUUGAACAAGCUAUUAAAUUAUUAGAAGAGGUUAGAAAUUUACAAGACGAUAAAAAAGAUAAAUUGAUGAAAACUAAAGAAUAUGGUAAUCUUGUUAACUUGAUUUACGAAAUUGAAGGUACUCUCAAAAAAUGUGAUCAAGCAGAAACAAAUCAAUCUGUGGUGAAAGAAUCAUUUCAAAAAUUCGUUCUAGAUUUAGAAAUUGUUGUUAAUGCUUUUCAACGAGCCUAUGAACCUCUUAAGAUCAAGAAAGUUAGUAGAUGGAGUCCUUCAGUCAUUUCAAAAAUUAGAACGAUCGGAAGGUUGAUGGUUAUGAAAAAAGAAUUCGAGCGAAUUAAUUCUCUUAAAAAUGAGAAAGGAAUUGUUAAUAAACAAGAACUAAUUGCACCGACGAAAGACAUUCAUGAGAAAAGAAUUGUUAAUCAACAAGAACUAAUUGCACCGACGAAAGACAUUCAUGACGAAGUGAAACCAAGUGAACCUAUUAUUAGAACAGAUUUAAUUCCGCAAGAUCAUAUUAUUUCGAAAGGACGCAUUCACGAUGGUUUAUAUAUAGGAACCCUUUAUGAAAAAAAAAUUAUUGAAAAAAUUGUUGGAAUCUUUACAACAAAUUCUGUAAAAUUCGCUGAAUUUAAAAAGGAAAUGACUUAUUUAAGGAAUUUAUCAGAUGACUGUACAAAUAUUCUCUCGGUUAAAGGAUACACUGAACGUAAUGUAUUAUCAUUACCAUUUGAUAAGGAUAUUUCAAUUUUGCGUUAUUUAAUGGAUCAAUGGUACAAAAUAUUUAAUAAUGAACACGAAUACGUCAUUACGUUAGUUACCGAAUGUGCUGAUUAUAAUCUUCCAGAUUAUGUAAAAGGAAACAAGAUAGGUUGGCGGACAAAAAUCUCAAUCGCUCGUGGAAUUGCCAAUGCUUUGAAUUUUAUUCACAGUUCAAAUUUACUUCAUUACAACCUUAAAAGCGAUAGCGUGUUUUUGAAUCAGAAGCUCGAACCAAAACUUUUUAAUUUUGGUAAAAACUCAGGCGAAUGUGUCGUAUUAAAAUCAACAAAAUCGAUAGAACUUUCAAAUCGGUCAGCUCCUGAAGUUAAACGAGAAGGAAAAUAUACCUCAGCAAGCGAAGUUUAUAAUUUUGGAGUUAUUCUUUGGGAGAUUGCCACUCAAGAAUGCCUAUCAGGGGAUAAAUCAAUCGACAAUAGAAAUAUUGAUGAUGCUCCGCCUGUUUAUCUUUCGCUCAUUGAAAAAGCUAUGGACCAAGAUCCUCAAAAUCGUCCAACUAUGCAAGAGAUACUUGAUUCUCUGAAACAAUUAGAGUAUUCACAGAAUGUCCCUGACCAAGAGAAAGAGAAACCUCCCACAUUAAGAAAAUUAAUGAAAAUGAUUUAUACUUAUUUUGCUAGUUAA